AUGUGCGUGGGGACACUGGCGUCCCUUGCUGCUUUUGGCAGGGGGCUGUCAAGCUGUUUGCCUGCACGCCCUACGAUCUCUGUUGAUGCUGCGCGUGGGGUUUUGCUUUGCCGCUGCCGCAAAUGCAAACGCGGGAACGACCAACACUGUGCUAGCACUUGCGCCCUUUCCUUCCACUUUCAAGCACAGAGCCUGCUGGCAGACUGGCUGCGCUCAUGUGUGACAUAUGCGGAGGAGACCACGAACUCAAUGUUCAAGACCAAGAUGCUCAAACACCUGCGAGCGGUGCUGCUUGAAUGCACGUCCAUGGCUUGUGGCAACGAUGCCAGUCUUGUGGCAACGAUGUCACUCGCUUGUACUUAG